GGGUCGGCGGGGGGAUGGUGGGCGGAAACCGGAAAGAGGGGAAGCCCAAGAUAGCCGAUCUCCUGAACAAGAAACUAAAUCGGAAAGAGGAAGAGGACUCAGCAGGGAAACGGAGAAGGAAGAAAGACGAGGAAUCCGAAAUGGAGGAUUCUCAGAGAACCCUGCCGCAGAAGAAGAGAACGUUGAUGGUGUCGCCGUCUCGGAGUCCUGCGAGGAAAGCUGCCAAGCAAGAAGAACAAGACGACGAAACACUCAUAAGGGAAACUGAAGCAGCUCUUAAGUCACUAUCUGGAAGCUGGCCCGCCAGGGACAACUUCCGGGAACAGGACGAGAGUCCUGCUUUCGAAAAUCUUUUCGAAGAAAAGAAAAAGUCCACUUUAGACGGCGGAAUCAAAGACGUGAUCACCUUGAGAGGUUCACAAAAGACAGACAUCAAUAAAAAUCCUAUUGUCAAGGAAGAACCGGAAGAGAAGAAAGUCGACAAAAACGAAUUAGAAAACCUUUUAAAAAUCGAUAACGAAUGCGCCUCUAUACAGACAACCGUCGGAAAAGUGAAGCAGGAAGGAAAAUACACCAGGUAUGAACCGGAUUUCAACGAAUUAGUGGACGACUCCUCGAAUGAAUUAGAAAUAGAUAUGUCGGAUCCUGGAGCGGAAGAAGAGAAGAAGAAAAAGGAAGAGAAAGAAGACAAGAAGUUCGUCUCUGCUUUCAAGCCAAUCGAGAAGGAGAAAAUAAUGGACUCUUUCGGUCCGUACCCAGCCGGCGCCACCUUCGUCGGGUACCCGGGCCUACCGCCGCCCCCCAGGGUGGAGGAGAAGAGGAUCAAAGAGGAGCCAGAGGUGGUGACCAGCACCAAACGGACGGACAGCCCCGGCAGCAAGCAGUACACCAUCCUCCAGCCAGCGGGGGCCGGCAGCAGGGCUGCCUCUGUGGUCCAGGACGUGGCCAGGGAGGGAGUCGUCAGUGUGCCCGCGGUCUCCAGCAGUGUCUCCCCGCCAAAGGAGAGGCCCCUGUCCCCCACCAGCAUCGGCAAAGAGGGGAGUAAAUGCCCCGCCCCAGGCUGCAACGGUGAAGGUCACGUCACAGGGCUUUACUCACACCAUAGGAGCCUUUCCGGAUGUCCUAGGAAGGAUAAAGUAACACCUGAGAACGGCUUACCUUCCGUCGGUGUGACUGCCAACGAGUGCAACCUUGGUUUCACGAAACCCCCAGUUUCUGCAGCCGACCUGAAGCAGUGUUACUACCCCGAGAGAGAUUACAGCGCCUUCUACGCCAAACCUACCCUCAAGCCCACCAAGAUCAUACACCAAGAGGAACCCGGGGAGAAAGGAAAGCUGAAGCCUGAUUCGCCUCAGAGGUACGACACAUACCUCAGCCACGACUCAAACUCUUCAUCGGUAUCCAGUAUGGAGAUGCACCAUAUGGGACCUCACCUUCCAGUACCACCUCCUCCUGUCCCACCACACAUACCUCCACCGCACUACCCCACGCCCAUCAUUGAGGAACGCCGCUACGAAGAGGAAAUGUACAGGUACACCGCCAGCGCCACAACGACAUACCCAGGAUACGAGGGCCGAGGGUACGAACCCGGCUACGAUAGGUACCCAUCCGAGUGCGGGGCGAGACCGUACGCUGAGUACAGCCAUGAAUACGACAUGGGGGUCAUGAUGAAGCAGGAACAACCUCAAGAACCUGAACACAACGAGCAGCCAAUAUAUCCAAGGCCGAUGUACCAGUACGAAGGCGGCACGGCAGCGGCCGGGUUCAGCCCCGCCCCGGGCUCGGCCAUCAACCUCUCGGUCAAGUGCCUGCCGGCCGGCCUCAAGCCCGUCGAGCCCAGGUCCCCGGCCUCCGUGAUGGACCUCUCCACCUCCAGCGUCACCUCCACCUCGCCUCAGGGCGGAGCCUACACCGGCAACAGUCUCAGCCCAGCUGCCUACAACAGGGGUAGCCCCCAGGCCGCAGCGAGCCCGCACCUCACCCCCACCAGUCCUCAGGGCCAGACCCUAGACCUUAGCGUUAACAGGGUCGGAGGUGCAGGAGGCAGGCCUCACGUGUUUCCGUACUCCAGGGAGUCGACGCCAGACUCUUCUCACCCUCACUACAUCGAUACCUACAGGGAUGUAAACGGCUACUCAAGUAUGAGUCCCCACGGGUACUUGGGCUCGGCGGGCGAGUACCCCACUAACGGGUACACCGCAGGGUACGGAGGGUACGGCUGCGGCGGCUACCCGGGCAGUGGCUACCCCACUGGGGGCUACACGGCCUGCUACACCAUGGCGCCCCCUCAGCACGACUCUAAGCCGCCCCAUUCCAAAGAGCAGAGCCUCAGCUGCGGGAGGUCAGAGAGGUCUGGGUUGCAGUCACACUCGCAAGAGCUGAAGUGCCCGACGCCUGGCUGUGAUGGAUCAGGUCAUGUGACAGGCAACUACUCUUCCCACAGAAGCCUAUCAGGAUGUCCGCGAGCAAACAAGCCAAAAAGCAAACCAAGGGAUGGACAAGACUCUGAACCAUUAAGGUGUCCAAUACCUGGAUGCGAUGGUUCAGGGCAUGCUACGGGAAAAUUUCUUUCUCAUAGGAGUGCAUCUGGUUGUCCAAUCGCUAACAGAAAUAAGAUGAGAGUCCUUGAGUCCGGUGGUACCGUGGAACAGCACAAAGCUGCCAUUGCAGCUGUAACUGCUGCUGCCAAGUUCGACCCUCUAUCAUGCCCAGUCUCCUGCCCAGAGGCCUUCUUACCUCGUCCUCUCCCUCCGCCUCCUCCUCCACCAGCCAAGAAACCUCAAGCCCAAAUGAAGUAUACAGAUGACAUCAGUGGAGGACCAGUUUAUAACAAACAUCAAACAAAGGCUGAGAUCUCAGAGUUACAGCGAGAGAACGCCAGAGUCGAGAGUCAAAUGCUUCGCCUCAAGACUGACAUCACUGCGAUGGAAGCACACCUCCGGCAUGGACCUCAGUCUGCUGACAAGGUAAACAAAGAGAGCACUGGCGGUGGGCUCAACUGUCCUCAACCACAGCGGCAGCUGCUUGGCUCUGCAGCAGGUACCAAUAACAAUACCAGCAGCAACAACCUCAAUGACUAUUAUGAGUCCUUGAGGAAUAACGUCAUCACGCUGUUAGAGCAUGUGAGGAUUCCAGGAGGAGGGGGAGGCGGGGGAGUCAUGCCCCAGGACGGUGAGUCAGGCCUGGAUUCCUAUCUAAGCAAGCUACAGACACUGUGCGGCAGCCAGGGCCAACCAGAUGAGGAACCGAACCGGCCAAUUUACGAGACAGUCAAGUUCGCCCUCCAGGACUUUACCGUCCUUUCGACCCCAAUUUAGGCUUCCCAUGUUCCUUCCCCUACAUGUAAAUAAUUGUCCUCCAAAUCCUCCUGUGUAUGUAUAUAUGUCUACUAUGUAAAUACAGCAGAGUCGGCUAUGAUGGCUGAUUAUUUAAUGUAAAUUAUAUUAUUUAAAGUUACUAAACAUGGUAAAUUUUGCCAAUGAGUUGUAAUUGAUUUUCCAAAAUAUAUUACCACACACCAAAGUAAUUGGAGGAUGAAAAAAAAAUUAUCUUUUUCUAAAUUUUGAUAUACUUUAACAGAAAAAAUAAAAUAAACCAUUGAGAAACACUAUUAUUUUAUUUGUUGUAAGCUCAAUAUAUUAUUUAGACUAAUUAAUAAUCAAC